UGACCAGAGACUGUGGACACAGUACAGAGAUGACCAAGAGACUGCGGACAUAGUACAGGAGAUGACCAAGAGACUGCGGACAAUAGUACAGGAGAUGACCAAGACUUGGCGGACAGCACAGGAGAUGACUACUGACCUUUGGGGAGGGGGGGGGAGCGGGUACCUGAAUUUGACAGGUACCCGCUACUUACUUCCACAGAGUUGUUCUUUGAUAUUUACCUGUUCCUCUAUCCGUUUGCGGCACGCUGUCUUCCCGGCUUCUGCAAGUGUGGGCGCUCAAGCAUGACAGCCGGGUGCCCAGUGCGCAUGAUUUUGCGAGAAGCACUUGUGAUUGGUCCGGCGGCUUCUGGGAUCUGUCAUGUGUCCCAGGUACCGCCUUACCAU